AUGCGACGUCUGAAAGCUUCGCCCAUGUUCUGGCUGCACAUCCCAAAGUGCGGCACCAGCUUCGCCAAUACAGUAAUGCAUAUGCCGAACAUGUGCCCGGGUUUGGGGGAGAAUUUGAGUAUCGAUGAUGAGCAGUUCGGAAAGUGCUUCGAGCGUACCCUGCAGAAGAACUGCCUGCAGUGGUGUGAUCAGAGUCUUAUUCAUUGUAGUUGGCCAAUACAAGCUCAUCAGUUUUUGUCAGAUGAGAAGUACGAGGAAUACAAGGGCAAAUUUGUGGCACUUCUACGUCAACCCGAGCAGCGUUUGCUAUCUGCCUACACUGAUGAUGGUGACCUGUUCCGAGCAGAGCCCUAUAUCGGCAUAUGUGCUGAAAAUCGCACACCUGAACGAAUCCUGUCACUGGAUGAGUUUAAAUCCAAAUGGGCUCACUGGGCGACAGGGCAGAUCGUCGGCCAUCUUCCAGCUACCUUAGCAGAUGUCCCAGUGGCGCUGCAAAGAUUGAGAGAAGGCUUUGCAUUUGUAGGUUUGCAGGAAGAGUGGGACCUGUCUGUAUGCCUCUUUCAUACCAAAUUUGGAGGGCCCUGCCGCAACUUGGAAUUUCUGGAUACACGGCCGAGUGACAGAGCCACCGGAAACACAAGCGAAUACGAUACCUCAAUACUGGAUGGGUGGGUGGAUGAAAUUGAUGGUCCUGUCUAUACAGAGGCCCAACGCUUGUUCUAUGAUGAUUUGAAACGGUACGGUGUUUCGCAUGUUCAACGAAAAGACGAAGAAAUGGGAGAUGAAGCCGGGAAUGCCUUCAGGGCACGUGCUGAAUGCCACCACAACUAUGGCCCCUUGGCCGCGAAGCGAUUGGAAAGGGAUGGGGUUUGGUGUUUGCUGGAGGCCGGUUUCUACGGCAAUGUUGCUCAGUUUCCGGUGGAUUUCAAGUAUCCUCUGAACAUCAUCGCGCUGAUUUACGGGUUUUUCAUCGAUAUGGUCGUGGAGCGUCGUUUCAUCGCCUUCUAUGGUCUCGUCGGGGCCGUCUCGGGUGUUGUGACUUUGAUCAACGAGGUCAUCUUGAAGGAACUCUUGAAACAGCCACGCCCCUAUGGUUCCGCCAACCGAAAGCAGGGCAGCCCCAGUAUCGAUGAUGAGCAGUUCGGAAAGUGCUUCGAGCGUACCCUGCAGAAGAACUGCCUGCAGUGGUGUGAUCAGAGUCUUAUUCAUUGUAAUUGGCCAAUACAAGCUCAUCAGUUUUUGUCAGAUGAGAAGUACGAGGAAUACAAGGGCAAAUUUGUGGCACUUCUACGUCAACCCGAGCAGCGUUUGCUAUCUGCCUACGCUGAUGAUGGUGACCUGUUCCGAGCAGAGCCCUAUAUCGGCAUAUGUGCUGAAAAUCGCACACCUGAACGAAUCCUGUCACUGGAUGAGUUUAAAUCCAAAUGGGCUCACUGGGCGACAGGGCAGAUCGUCGGCCAUCUUCCAGCUACCUUAGCAGAUGUCCCAGUGGCGCUGCAAAGAUUGAGAGAAGGCUUUGCAUUUGUAGGUUUGCAGGAAGAGUGGGACCUGUCUGUAUGCCUCUUUCAUACCAAAUUUGGAGGGCCCUGCCGCAACUUGGAAUUUCUGGAUACACGGCCGAGUGACAGAGCCACCGGAAACACAAGCGAAUACGAUACUUCAAUACUGGAUGGGUGGGUGGAUGAAAUUGAUGGUCCUGUCUAUACAGAGGCCCAACGCUUGUUCUAUGAUGAUUUGAAACGGUACGGUGUUUCGCAUGAGACUUGCCAAGCAUGUUAUCAAGAAGCCAAUGUGGCAUGA